AGACGAUAGAGUGGGAGCAAUAGAGUGCAAGAUAAUGGAGGUGCAGUCGGAGUGUGUGGAGCCUCCUGUGGCUCCUCAGUGUGACCCCCAGCCCACAGGGAAGAUCAACAAAGCUGCCUUCAAACUCUUCGGAAAGCGACGCACCGGCUCCGGGAUGGCCAGCUUCUUCUCCUUCAGGAACAAAGGGGCUACAAACAGCGGGAACAACGGGAAUUCUGACAAUGGGAAUUCUUUGAAUGGCAAUGGCUCAGCGGCAUCGGUGGAGCUCGUUAGAAGCAGAACCCACGAUGGACUAACGAGCGAUGCUGAUGGACAGAGAGGGGAGGGGCUUGCUAUCCUGGAGGCCGGGCCGGUGAGGUCCCUCAGCAAAUCCUUGAGCUUCUUUUCUCUACUCCGACGUGGGAGUUUUAGGUCGAGUGAAAAUGGAGGGGCGGGGCUUGUCAGAAGAGGGAGGGGCCUAAAGGGCUUUUUUAGCAGCAUGCGAUGGAGACGCAAGGAAAAAACAAACGAGGCAGAGGGGGAAGUGGUGGAGCGAAAGACGGAGAAAGAUGGGGAUAUUGCCGACUCUGAAAAGGAUAUAACACUCACCCUUGAACCGCCUCCGCAUCUUCACCAAGUGGAUUGUGGGAAUGCAGAGGCAGAACCUAAUGUAGAGACUCCCACUACUAGUGUUACCAUGACACCACCACACUGUGUUGCCAUGCCAGGGCCAUCUGGUGAGCCAGACUCCCCCUUUCCAUACACACCCACUGACUCGCCACUGCGCCCUCCCAUCCAAAAAGCCAAAGCCUCAAUUUCCAGCCUCACCCCCUCCCUAGCUACACCCCCUUUGGAUCGCUGCAGCACGGGUGACCCACCCUCAGAACCUUCGGUGGACCGCCUUUGCUCUCUCCUUUUCACUGACGUCACAUCCCUCAAGAGCUUUGAUUCACUGACAGGCUGUGGGGACAUUAUUGCUGACGCAGACGAGGAGGGGCCAGCGGGCAAUGGAGGCAGUGGCACCAGCAGCAGCAGCAGUGGGGGCGGAGGGGGGAGUGUUGGAGCGGGCGUUGGGAGAGCUGUUGGUCUCACCAGUGCCACGUCUCGUGGCUCCCCAACCAAACCCUCUCUACCUUCGCAGCUGACCCAGCCAAUGUUCUCUGUGUCCGCAAGCUCAGUGCCUUCCUCCCUCCCAGCCCGGGCCCGGGCACCACCUCCACCUCAGCCGCAUCCCGCCGGCAGCGGUGUGGUGGCCUACAUGGGCGGAGGGGAAGAAAUGGCAAGUCCAGAAGGAGUGGACGAUGCAGACAUGCAGGGGCUUUGGCACAUGCUGCCCUCCACAGGUGACAACUCUCCUGCUUUGCCCCGAUCACACCAACCCCCGUCUACUACCCCGACAUCUACUUAUCCCCCUCGUGCCACCUCCAACCUCGCCAGCAGCCACCUGACCUCAGCUCACAGGAGUGUGGACAGAAAGGUACCCCAGGUGAAGGCACUGGGGCUCAGUAAGAUUCCAGUAGUGGGUGCAGUAGGAGGUCGGGCAGCGAAACCCCCUCUCCCUCACACACAUGGCCGUCAUCCCACAUCACCUGGUGAAAAAGAGCUGCUUAGUGAUGAGGGUUACUGGGAUACACCCUCAGCGACACCCACAGCGACACCUGAUGAGAGCGGGCUGCAGCGGAACCAGAAGAUGGCCCUAUCACGCGACAGUUGCUCUGGAGACCACCUGUACGACCUCUACAAUGACCCUGAGGAGCAGGAGGGUGAUGAUGACCUAAACAGUAACCCCUCUCCAUCCACUGAAUACAAACUGAGCCCCACCUCCCCGACAACCCCUCCUUCCUCCUCCUCCUCUUCAUCCUUCCAGUCAAUGAGAGGCAGCACCAGCCUUCCUCGGGAAUCCAAGAUACCAGUGAGCAGCAGACAAACACCACCUCCCCACUCUGUAAGCCAGUCAGCCCUGUCGUCUGUUGUAGAGGUUGAAUCCCCUCCACCAAAGACCCAGGCACCUCCUCCAGCUCGCACCAGAAUCCCUGUAUCCAAGGUGCCAGUCCGUCGCUCUGGAAACAAACCUGGCAGCACAACUAGAGGAUCUGCUCACAAGAAGUAGCUCCUGUCACAUGGGUGAUUCUCGCCUACUAACUUAUGGACUCAGUGCUGUUUAUGCAAAGCCAAAAGUUUUCCCAGACCAAGAAAAAUGUUGAGCUGUAGAGUUAACAGCCUAUAAAUUCCUCUCAAAUCUUAAAAGCUCUCAUUCCUUAAGUGUUUUGGCUUACGACAGGCUAGAGUAGAAUAAGUGGUUUUGUUCACUUGAGAAAGUCACGAGGAGACUCCAAAAAGCUGGGUUAACACUUCACAGCCCUCGUUGGAACUUUGGAGGUUGACUCUUGACAAUCCACGGUCUCGCAAUAGACGCAUUUGCCUUGUUACUUCCUGGAAAAGCCCCUGACCCGCUGAGUUCGACAGCUCAUGACUGCACACUGCAAAAGAAAGAAAAAAAGCAGAGCACCUUUUAUCUUUUACAUUUUUAUUACGAAACUCCACACGGCAUAACAUAAUUUGCUCAUACGGACCUAAUCUAAUCAAAGUUCUUUUUCUGAGUUUGUCAUCUUGUCUAAUCUGUAACAAAUUACCUCCUAAUCCUUUGAUCUUAGAGCCAAAGUUAAAAGAAAACUUCAUUUCAUACAGAUUCAACGAUAACCACAGCCUGGAAUAACCCAUCCUUUUUGUUGGCUGUUGUAUGUCUUUUUUUUGCUUUUUGAAGAUGGUCUUCUGACCGUACACUGAUUAUUAAACUGUUUGUGCUAAAAGACAAAUGAACACUGAGAUCUGGUUUUAUUACUUACCUACACUGCAGCUGCAAAUGUGGCAAAGCUGCUCUGCUGAAGGCCACAUGAUAUUACAUGUUUUUUGGAGAGAAAGACCUCCUCUGUUUUGACUGGUUAUUAUUAUUAUUGUGGAUGGACUAAGUUUGGCUUCAGCCUGUUGCAUCUGGAUCUCACUUCUACCCCACUGCAUCACCCGAAGUACAUGUCAAUCUCUGGGAUUUACAACUGUUGAAUUAUCAAUGGAAACCUGCAAAACUAUCGCAAUACUCGACCUGGAGGGAUCCUUUGCACUGAUGCUUCUAAUACACACACAACACACAAAAUCAUACAUGCACACAAACAUUUUCUCUCCCUCUCUGCAUGCAGUGCCACAAAUACAAGGCACAAAGGUCAGGGAUCAUCAUCUAAUACUGAAUGACCUUAGUAACACACACUGUUCAACCUUUGGCACUGUCUUCGUAGCUACACUGGAUGACUUUCUCCUCUAAGGACACAAACAACUGAUUUUUUCUAGUUUCUAGUAUUUUCUUCUUCACUGGAUUUCAUACUGUUUUUAUAGGCUCCUCUAUUCUAAGUCAUACUGCUCAGAUCCUAAACUGUGAUUGCACCAGCUUCUUAAUGCUCUGCUUUCUGUUAUUUCUGUUCUUCUCUACUAACAUACUGAGAGUGGAUGACAGAGAGGCAUCCUUGCUGUCAGACAAUUUCAGAGAGCCAGAAAAUGCCUGCGAGUGUUUUUGAAAUCGGCUGUGACCCAAAAAGAAAGACAAGGAAAUUCUGUCAGGGUUUCAGAUAAAGAAAAGACUUUUGAGUCACGUAAUUAACUGGAUCACAGCUUAAAAUACAAAGCUGGGAACUAAUGCUACAUCUGUUCUGAGCUCUGCUGUAAAACUUACAAACAUUGUACAAGUUCAUUCUAGGAACCGUCACAGCUGUGUGUGAAUCUGAAUGUAGCUUGACAUCAUUGUAGAUCAUGGGUCAGCUGUGUGGGUCUGUUUUACUCUCUGUCCCUCUUUUUGUAAGGGCAAGACAAAUGGUGGAGUUUACUGUUUUCUAAGUCCCCCGUGCUCUGAAAAAUGAAGACAAACUACUGCACAGCGUGUUGAGUCUCGCAAAGCGCCACUUGUUUUAAGAAUGAGGGGGUGUAUUGCGGUCCGAAAAGGCCUUUGUCAGUGAUUCAGUGACACAAGUUACAGGGAGGAGAGUGUUCCCUACCCUUCAGUGAAAAAGAGGGGUUUUCAGAGGGAAAGAAAUUUGAGAUAAUGCAAAUUUAACCCUAACCACAAGGGUACCAAUGACACUUGAGGGUCAUUCUAGUUCAUGAUAGCUUUCCAUCUCAUUUAGAAUGUGAAGAUUGAUCCGCAACACUCCUCCUGGUUCAGAUAUCUUUUCACCCUCCUGAUAGUGUAGUGUAGGAUGGGCUAUGGGGUAACCUGAUCCCAGGUCUGCUGUUAGUGUGUUUCUCACACAAUAAAGAGGGCAAGCUAAAGGUCAGGGAGAAAGAUCAUGUUUGUUUAUGUUUUCUCUUCCUACACUGUGCUCUUCCUUUUGAUUUCAGUAUGCAAUCACUUUAAUUCUCCCUUUUUUGAAGUGCUGAUUGACAAAAGAGUGUUUAGAUGGAAAUGGAUGCUGACUUUCAAAAAGUAUUUUUCUUUAAACAGCAGUGGAGAUGCUUGUGGAUUGUUGACCAAAACAGUUGCCUGAAGUGUCCAGAAUUCAUAAUUUUACUUUGCGACAUGUCACCAUUCAUAUGAUAUUUAUCUUUAGAAGGAAUAUGGAGCUAUGAACUGGAUAAGGAGUGAUCAUUAUGCAUUAUACAGUAUGUUUAAGAGGUUUUGUUUAAAUAUGGCAUCCUCCUAGUUUGAUGUUCCACAUGCUGCAGUUUGGAAUGUAAAUAGAGCUUGUUCCUCCACUUCUUCCAAGUAUGACAGUGAAAAUUAAAGUUGAACCCAUCUGUUGCACUGGCCUACACACAGUAAUGACAUCAUUCCACAGAGGCCACCAUAUUGCCACCUGGCUCAGUUCCUUGUAUUUUUCCCCCGGAUGCUUCUCUCCUUUCUUUCUGUUUACAAAUCUGGGUCUUUAUGUGGUCAUUCGCUGCGAUAAAAAGCACAUUAUAAUUUCCUUUGUUUUUGUUAUCGUCUGUCUGUUCACAGUGUGAAAUCUUUCCACUUUUUCAUAUUUAAUGAAUAAAACUGUUUGCGCUGAUA